AAUAAUAAUAAUAAUAAUAAUAAUAAUAAUAAUAAUAAUAAUAAUAAUAAUAAUAAUAAUAAUAAUAAUAAUAAUAAUAAUAAUAAUAAUAAUAAUAAUAAUAAUAAUAAUAAUAAUAAUAAUAAUAAUAAUAAUAAUAAUAAUAAUAAUAAUAAUAAUAAUAAUAAUAAUAAUAAUAAUAAUAAUAAUAAUAAUAAUAAUAAUAAUAAUAAUAAUAAUAAUAAUAAUAAUAAUAAUAAUAAUAAUAAUAAUAAUAAU